CGAUGUUGUAGUUCGCACGAGUUAUGUUCUGUGGCUGUUUCUUGUUUUUUUUUGUAAAUUGUACUUUUUUGUGGUAGAUACGAGUAACAGUUCAGAAUGUGGUAAAAGCACGCAUUUAUAGGUAUAAUUAACAAGUACAGCAAUGUGAACAGCUUUAUCAACAAGUUUAUUACGAAGUGAUGCUGCUAUGUCUGUGUACUAUUGGAUUGGCCGAGCCAGCGCUGAUGAGAAGAUCUAUAAUUAAUUGUCUGGAAGCAGAGUUUACAAUUGUUGAAGCUCAUGCAAUGAGGAUUGUUUGUUGGCGAGCAACCCAUUAGAAAACAAACAUAUGUCAGCUGAACUGUCUGGCUUCAUGGGCUUUCUGCAGUGAUAUGAACAUUUGGCCUUACUUGUUCAUGUGUGAGCAGUAUGGAGGGUUGGGUGCCCAAUCCACGAGCCACGCCAUUUAUCCCCAAGAGGAGAUAUGGCAUGAAGAUAAACGGGUCAACAUUUUUCACCAAGAGAAGAUGCAUUUCAAAGUUUCUCCAGGGAGGUUUAGUGUUGGUUCUCCUGGUGACAGUAGUCAUCAACAUCACUUUUAUCCUGGACACCAACAAGAAACUGAAGAGGACGUCCCAGCCAAGAGAGACAGAUUCUCCUGACAGGCUGCCUCGUUCGAUAUCGGUGGAGGUUGUAUCGAGCAAAGAGAUUGUGUUUGCAGCAGUGGAUGGCACCACUAUUCUUCAAGACGAGGGAUUUGAAAGAAAUCGUGGAAUCCAUGUACUUGUAUUAAACCAAAGAACAGGUAGUGUGAUGGCUAAGCAAGUGUUUGACACGUACAGCCAGCGAGAAGACGAUGCCUUGGUGCUGUUUAUCAACAUGGUUUCUAAUGGUCGUAUCCUUGUCUUCACUAUUAAGGAUGAAGGAACAUUUCAGUUGAAGCGGCCUGCAAGGAAGUAUUUAAAAGAACUCGGUAGUAGCGAAGCUGAAAGUUUAAACUGGAGGGACACAUGGGCGUUUGUCGCCAUCAAAGGCGGAAAAGCAAUAUCAGAGGGCCAUGGAAAAUCACCUAAGCUAUCUUCAUGGGGAGACAGUGUCUCUCUCAAAGUGGACAUACCACUUUCCUUCACACCGGAUGUUAAAUGUGACUGGCCAGAUGACCGAGUAAACCGACGGAGGUUUGCCUUCUGUAGCAAAGUGGAAGGCUAUGGAAGUGUGUGCAGUUGUGAUGAUCCCACACCCAUAGAGUUCAAGACAGACCCGCUUCCCACUGAUGUAAUCUCCAACAUUCCAGUUGCUGUGAUAGCCAGUGAUAGGCCGCACUAUUUAUACAGAAUGUUGCGACAGUUGUUGACAACUGCUGGUGCCAACCCAAAGAUGGUCACAGUGUUUAUAGAUGGAUAUUUUGAGGAGCCACUGGAGGUGACCAAGUUGUUUGGGUUGCGAGGAAUUCAGCACACACCACUGGGUAUGAAGAACGCUAGGAUCUCCCAGCAUUACAAAGCCAGUCUGGCAGCUACUUUUAAUUUAAACCCAACUGCUCAGUAUGCAAUAGUUAUUGAAGAGGAUCUGGAUGUAUCACCAGAUUUUUUUAAUUACUUCAGCCAGACAAAAUACUUGCUGGAUGAGGAUAGCAGUAUUUACUGUAUUUCUGCUUGGAAUGAUCAGGGCUACGAGCACUCGUGUGAAAACGAGACACUGCUGUACCGAGUGGAGACCAUGCCGGGUCUGGGCUGGAUGUUGACGCGCAGACUGUACAAAGAAGAGCUCGAACCACAGUGGCCUUCUCCAGAAAAGCAGUGGGACUGGGACAUGUGGAUGAGGUCAAAUUUCAUCCGUAAGAGCCGAGAAUGCAUCAUUCCAGACAUCUCACGAACAUAUCACUUCGGCUCAAAGGGUCUCAACAUGAACCCGUACUUUCAAGAAGUUUAUUUCCAGAAGCAUUCCUUCGUGAGAUCAUCCAGCGUCCACCUCAAGCACGUGGACAGCAUGAAGAAAGACAAAUAUGAAAUAGUGGUCACAGAUCUGAUAAAGUCUGCACAAGUCUUAAAUCACAGCAUAUCGCCCUGUAAUGAUACAUUUAUUCCAGAUACUAAGGAUAAAGUAUAUAUAAUGUAUAUCUCAAUGAAAUCACCCACAGAUUAUAGCACGUGGAAAGCUAUAGCUAAAUGCUAUCACCUGUGGGAUCUUGAUGUUCGAGGAUUGCAUAAAAGCAUGUGGAGAUUGUUUUUGAAACACAACCACAUGCUGAUUGUAGGUUGUCCAGCUUCGCCAUAUUCGGAAUUUAAGCCAGCCGAUAUUACACCAAUUUAUCUGAACUCUACCAUUGGACCAUUGAGAUAGCGGCUCAUCCAGUGGUCAACAGAGUGAUAGCUCAAUCACUUAGGAAAAUGAAGCUCAAAGUGUCUGUGAUGCGUUAUUUGUGGGCAGUGCCUCAUGCUGGCCAUGCCAUGCGUUAUUUGUGGACAAUGCCUCAUGCUGGCCAUGCCAUGUGAUAUUUUGUAUACUUACAAAUCAUAGGUGUGAAUGAAAGUUGGUCAAAUCAUUCUCACGCAAGUAUUUAACAUAAUUGUUAUGUAAAUGCUGUUACAUAUUUUAAUACAUAUUUUAUCAAAGUGGGUUUUUUAUAAAUUAUCACAAAAAUGUUCUUUAUGUCAUUUUUUAUUGAUAAUUUAGCUGGGUUUUUUAUCUUUAUUUUUCUGACCUUACUAAGCACAGAUUACAAGAAGAAAAGGUUGGGUUUUUUGUCUUUAUUUUUUCUGACCUUACUAAGCACAGAUUACAAGAAGAAAAGGUUGGGGGUUUUUAUUGGGUUUUUUUUAUAAAGUUUCUUUCACUUUCUUUUUCAUAUUUUUUUAUUUUUUUUAUUCAACAUGUUCUUUAUUGAAUAUUAAUGUUUUUCUGGCUAUUUUGUGGAAGUUGAAUGUUUUAACAAAAUUUACUAUAUGCAAUUAUGAUGUCUUUAGAACUUUGAUUUUUAUGUGUAAAAGUUGCUAGUCAUUGAUAGAAAUUGUUGAAUAAAUUCCUAUCAAGCAGAAAUUGGUGACAUUGGAGAACUUGGAUUAUUUUAUCCAUUAUUUGUUCUUGUCAUCAACAUUUUACAAACAUAAGGCAGUUUUUACUGAAUUUAUUACCGGUAUUGCAUUCAACAUUGGAGAAAUCAAGUCACAUGGGUAGUUUUAACUUUUAUCCAUGAUUUGUUCUUGCCAUCAACCUUUUCACAAAGAUCAGUUUUAUAUUGAAUUUGUGCUUGUGUUCAACAGUUAUCAAUUGAUAUUUUUAAUACAAAAAAGAAAAUUAGAAAGCACUGCCAUAAUUGUACCACUGCUGGGCUCACACUGGAAACAAAGUUUGUUUAAGCAAUUUUAAAAUAUACAUGUAUAGAGUAUUUCCUUGAUAAGCAUUAAAAUAUGGUUAAUUUAAUAAAGAUUGCAUUAGCCAUAGACUGAGCCUGCAUUGAAUACUAGCUAUAUUUAUGUCACUAAGCUAUUGUCUCAAAAAUGUUGGGGGUUUCUUGUUUUUUAAAAAAGGGAUCACAAAAAUUGAUUUUUAAAAAGCAUUUUCUAAAAACCAAACUCAACAUUUCCUGAUACAUUUAUCUUUAAAAUGAGCAUCCUAAUCUACUACAUUGUAUUUAUUUGAUUAAUAACUGUUUAUGGUUUAUUCAGGUCUUCUGGAAUUUUCAUAAAAUCCACUAGCCAUUGGGCAAAGCAAUAGUAGUUAUUCACUAGCCCAACAUUGAAUAUCACUAGCCAUGGAAGUGGGGCUACCAUAAUCUAUGCUGCAUCUACUUGCUGUAAUGAACUUUAUAACUGAAUGUUUAGUAGAUAAAUGUUUUAAUAUUAGUUUACAUGUAGGUUAACAGGGCUCAAAGCUAACGUCUCUUUACAGAUGUUUUAUUAUGAUGUCAAGAGACUUGUGUUUAGGAUUAGAGCACAAAUUCCUUUUGUCUGUAAUCCGUAUGCAUACAUAAUCCAUAAUGCAUGGAGUACAAAGAUGUAUAAAUGGAAUCUACUCCACCUAAAUGCAUAGAAAGUGAUUGUUAUGAUUUUUUAUAUGCAUAUGUAUUAUGAAAAAAAGGAAUUAGUGUCUUAAUAGAUAAUAUAUCUUAGGAUAUUAUACUUCGAUUUCCACAAACCGUUGUUCAUAGAUCUGGAGAUUAUUUCCGUCCAUAUUCCAUCCAUACAUUGUACUUACAUUGUUACAACAGGUGCAAAACGCUGACUGAGGUAAACAUGGUUUAAUGUGGGGGUUUUGGGGGUUGUUUUUUUUUUUUUUUAAAUUAAAUGUUACUAUCACCAAUGUUUUUUCUAUCAUUAGCAUUAUUGCCAGUCAUAGACAUAUUGACAAGAAUUAUAUUGUUAGUGUUACUCAGUUGUAUGUAUCGGUGUUAUUGCUCGCUGAAAGCUCCUGGAGGGUAGUACCAUUCAGGAUUCACACCUCCCUCACCUUCCCCUCCCCACCAAUUAAAAUCCUGACUACACCACAGUGCCCUGAAACAAAAUGUUCAUUUGUUAUAUUUAAUAUCAUAAUAUAUUACAUAUUUAAAAUAACUGAUAUACAUCACAUAAUGAUCAUAUAUAUAUUUUAAUUUCUAUGUAACCGUUUGGACGUGUGUCAACAUGUUAAACACUUGUAGAUAUACCGAACAACAAAAGAAUCGCGAAUAUUAAUUUAGUUUUCUUCAGUUAAAAGGAUUCAGUCAGAACCCUAUUAGUUUUUGUGUCUAUUAAAUUUAUGAAAAUCUUGUGAUUAUUUUAAGUCCAUUUUGACACCAUUUGCUGAAUUAAUGUUAAAAAAUAUAGAUAUAUUACAAUAUUCAUGCUUCUUUUGUUGUUCAAGAUAUAUGCAUAUGCAUGCUCAAAUAGUUAUUUAUGUAGUUGUAUGUGUCUGCUUUCGUUAUUUUCAUGGUUGUGUUAUUAUCUUUAGUGCAUAGGGUCACUGUUAUUUUGUGUUAUCAUCUUUAAUACUACAGGGUCACUGAAGUCAUGGCUGUAGUGUGGCAACUCUAGAUGAGUUGGCAUACGAAGAAUGGUUUCCUUUUUUACGAUACCCUUACAUAUUCAAUAGCAGAUUGCUCACCUCGGGUGUGAUGGAUUCAAGAAUCAGUCAUCUUUAACAAACUGUUUUUUCCCCUGUUACACCUAAUUCCCCACGACUGGUACAUAAGAGCCGAGAUAUGUACUGUCCUGUCUGUGGGUAAAACAACUCUGUUGACAGCUUGCUGCUUGCUCUCUAGAAGUCUAUGAUGACAGCAAACUUAUUUUCUUGUUAAGACACUAAAUAAUAAUGAUUUAAAAAUGUGCUGAGGUGUCAUUAAACAAAUAUUCCUUUCCCUUUCUCAUGGUAUGUGAUGUCCUGUCUUGGAAAAAUGUAGGGGUUUUCCCAAACCAGAGGCAUACAAUAGCCAUGAUUAAUAAAUCAAUGUGCUGCAGUGAUGUUAUUAAACAAAACUAACUUAUCUUUUUCCUUAAAUAUGCAGAAAGUAUCAUAUAUUCAGGAAAUAAUGUAAAAUAAACUGUAAACAAAGCUCAGAAGUUAUCAUAUCUUCAGUUAAUGAUGGAAAAUAAAAGAUAGGACCUGUUCUGACAUAAAAAAAAAGCUCACAAGUCAUCAUAUAUCUGCGGUGAUGGCAAAUAACAGGAAGACCUAUUGUGCAACAUACAUGUACAAAGAAAAGCUCAAAUUUGAAAUGUUUUGUCUCUUAAUAUAAGUGGAUUAGACAUGUUCUGAUGAUCCAUUAUAAUAGGAAAUUGAUUGGUUGAGCUUCACCGAUAUGAUCAUGAAUUAUAAAGGUUAAUAAUCGACUGUCGUCAGAAAUGUUCAUUGUAAUUUCUCCUACAGUUUAGAUGAUGGAAUUGAUGUCAGUGUGUUUGGUAUUGGGUUUUGUUUUCAUGUGUACAUAAAGAAAAUGGAUAAGGAACAGCUGUUAACGGUAAAUAUGAGAGAAAUGUAGCGUCUAUUCCUGUGAACACUACAACAAUUCAAAUCCUUCUUACUCACAUUAUUCUAACCGAUUGUGUAAUCACAAGUUGAUCAAUUGUUGCAAAACUGAUUAAAAAUAUGAUUCCCAAUUCUAAAAUGGACAUUUAAAAAAAACGGCCUCAGGAAGAUUAAAAAUCUUGCCUUGUGAUCAAUGCUUAAUGUGUUAUUUAAUUUUUGAGCCAUAAAGUAGCUACCUCAAUUUUUUUUUAUGUUUUAUCUUUAAACAGUCGUAUAAACCUGUAGAAAGGAGAAACUGGUAUUAUCUUCCAUGGAAUUUUACAGAAAAAUGUCUGCCAAUAUAAUAUAUAUGAUCCUACGUACUAUCAAAUCAAUGGCACAGACCCUAGUUUUAACUCGUAAAAAUUGACACUAAGUUUAGUUAAUCUACAAACAGAGUGAAAGAAGAGAGUGUGAUGUUAAAACCAGGAAUAUCCUUAAACAAUAGACUAGAACUCGAAUCAAUAACUACUACUUCUCAAACGCACAUGUGUUUUUAAAAAUAUGAAAAAUGCAUUUUGUGGUAUUAGAAACAACAGGAUGACCAGAAACACUUCAGUUCUACACAAAUGAAUAAUCUAAACAAUAAAAUAUAAAUAAUGUUUGAUUUCAGUGAUCAUAAAUGGCUCUAAUGGUGAAAAAUAUGCCUUAGUGUUUAAAAACUAGGAUCUGUCUCUUUAAUAGUGUAGUCUUUAGGGUUGAAGUUUUUUCUCACAAAGUUCACUGCUAAAAAAUAUUUUUAUUUUCUUUAAUUUUUAGUUCCAGCUCUAUUUAGUUUUGAAUUCAUGAGGUAUUCAAGGCAUAAUUAUCCUAAUUUGAUUCUCACAACUCUAUAUAUACAAAUAUUUGUAUAUUUUCUGUAUUAUUAUUUUUUUGCUAUCAGUUUUACUAUUGGCUUUAAUACAAUAUGCAUGUUUGCCAUGAUCAUCUGAUAGCAUGUUACUUACUUUAUAAUUUACUUUAUAUGCUUUUUGUCUUUGUUUUUGUAUUUUUAUUUUGCAUAUUUUAUGUUGUCUCGUUACAUUCUUAAUUGUAAACACUAGUCAUUCCUUUUAAAUUGUUCAAGUAUUACUGCUUUAGCUGUAUAUCAUGUAUGUAAAACGGAACCAAACAAUAAACACAUAGCCAAAACAUCA